AUGUGUAAACCGAUGGCUUUCACUAAUUGUUUUGGUGCAUUUGAUUCUUGCAAAGAAAAAACUGAAGCAGUGGCCAAAGGAAUUGUUACCAACAAUGUUAAGCUGUUCUCUUAUAAUUCAUUGAGAUCAGCAACCAGACAUUUCCAUCCUUCGAACAGAAUUGGUAGAGGUGGCUUCGGAGUAGUGUACAAGGGAGUUCUGAGGGAUGGAACUGAAGUUGCUAUCAAGACUCUUUCUGCUGAAUCUAAGCAAGGCACAAACGAAUUCUUGACAGAGAUUAAUAUGAUAUCAAGUACCCAACAUGCAAACCUUGUUCAACUCAUUGGAUGUUGCAUUGAGGGCACCAAUAGAAUACUGGUGUAUGAAUAUUUGGAGAAUGGCAGCCUCGCCAGUGCUUUACUUGGUUCAAAAAGUAAAAAUUUUGAUCUUGAUUGGCCCAAGAGGGCUACUAUAUGUGUGGGUACAGCUUCUGGUCUUGCAUUUCUUCAUGAGGAAGCUGAACCUCCUAUUGUCCAUCGAGAUAUAAAAGCUAGCAAUGUUCUUCUCGAUAAGGACUUCAAUCCCAAAAUUGGAGAUUUUGGUUUGGCUAAACUUUUUCCUGACAAUGUCACCCAUGUUAGUACGCGAGUAGCGGGAACUAUUGGAUAUCUAGCUCCUGAAUAUGCCGUGUUAGCGCAACUGACAAAGAAGGCAGAUGUAUACAGUUUUGGGGUGCUUUUACUCGAAAUCAUAAGCGGCAAAAGUAGCAGCAAAGCUGCAUUUGGAGAGGAGCUCUUGGUUCUACUUGAAUGGGCAUGGAAACUAAGAAAUGAAGGUAGAAUUUUGGAGAUAAUUGACCCAGAUCUCGUAGGAUAUUCGCCGGAUCAAUUAACACGCUUCAUCACCGUCGCACUCUUCUGUACACAAUCAGCUUCUCAACGAAGGCCCGAUAUGAAACAAGUUGUGACGAUGCUUUCAAAAGAUGUUGUCCUAAAUGAUAGCUUAUUAACGGAGCCGGGAGUCUAUAGGCCACAAACUUCGCAAACAUCGGACAGUGGUAGUUUGCACAUAGCGUCGUCUUCUCAACUAAGCAAAGGGAAACAAUCAGCUAAUCCUUUAGUGACAUCAACCCACUUCGAUAGUCAUCAAAGUAUCACAGAGAUGAUUCCUAGAUGA